AUGAUUAUGCCCCAAGAUGGAAAGAAAAAAGAAAAGCUCUUGGAUGUUGGAUUCUUUCAACUGUUUCGAUUUGCAACAUGGAAGGACACACUGAUGAUGGUAGUGGGGGGCUUAUGUGCACUAGUCCACGGGGCAGCCUCCCCUCUCAUGCUCUUGGUGUAUGGCAUGAUGACGAACACCUUUGUGGCAUACGAGCUAGAGGUCCAAGAACUGGCAGACCCCAACAAAACCUGCAUUAACCACACCAUCACCUGGAUCAAUGGCUCCAUAUUUGAAAUAGCAGAGAACACAACGGUCUUCUGUGGGGUGGAUAUCGAAGCACAGAUGACCAUGUUUGCAUAUUACUAUGUUGGUAUUGGAUUAGGAGUCUUGAUUGUUAGUUAUUUCCAAAUUGCCCUCUGGGUGUCUGCUGCUGCCAGACAGAUCCAGAGAAUCAGGAAGACUUACUUUAGGAAGGUGAUGCGAAUGGAGAUUGGCUGGUUUGACUGCAAUUCAGUUGGAGAAUUAAACACCAGGAUAUCAGACGACAUCAACAAGAUCAACAAUGCGAUAGCUGACCAGGUGUCUAUCUUCAUUGAGAGGAUCUCCACUUUCAUCUUCGGCUUCAUGGUGGGGUUCAUCGGAGGAUGGAAGUUGACCAUGGUGGUCAUCGCAGUAAGCCCACUAAUAGGACUUGCUGCUGGACUAAUGGCCAUGGCUGUUGCCAGACUGACAGGUCGGGAGCUCCAGGCUUAUGCCAAGGCAGGGUCAGUAGCUGAUGAGGUACUGUCAUCCAUCAGAACAGUGGCAGCCUUUGGAGGGGAGGACAAGGAGGUUGAAAGGUAUGACAAAAACCUUAUUGAGGCUCAGAACUGGGGUGUGAAAAAGGGGACGAUCAUUGGAGUGUUUCAAGGAUACCUGUGGUGUAUCAUCUUCCUCUGCUAUGCUUUGGCAUUCUGGUAUGGCUCAAAACUGGUCAUCGAAACCAAAGAGCUAUCCCCUGGUACUCUUAUCCAGGUAUUCUUUGGAGUUCUCAUGGCAGCUAUGAACCUGGGUCAGGCCUCACCAUGCCUGGAAGCCUUCGCCUCAGGUCGAGCUGCAGCCAAGACCAUCUUCGAUACCAUUGACCGGGAGCCAGAAAUCGAUUGUUUCUCAGAGAAGGGCCACAAACUAGACAAGGUCACGGGUGACAUUGAAUUCCACAACGUCACAUUUAACUACCCCUCUAGGCCAGAUGUGAAGAUUUUAGAUUCUUUGAGCAUGCUGAUCAGAGCAGGAGAAACCACAGCUUUUGUUGGGCCAAGCGGAUCAGGGAAGAGCACCACAGUUCAACUCUUUCAGAGAUUCUACAACCCCAAGGAAGGAAUGUUGACUUUGGAUGGCCAUGACAUCCGCAGCCUGAACAUCCAGUGGCUUCGCUCUCUGAUUGGUAUAGUAGAGCAAGAGCCAGUGCUGUUCGCCACGACUAUCGCUGACAACAUCCGCUACGGCCGACCUGGGGUCACCAUGGACGACAUCAUCCAGGCCACCAAGGAGGCUAACGCCUAUAACUUUAUCAUGGACCUCCCACAGAGGUUUGAUACGCUGGUGGGUGAGGGUGGUGGUCAGAUGAGUGGAGGACAGAAGCAGAGGAUCGCUAUUGCCCGAGCUCUGAUCCGCAACCCCAGGAUCCUGUUGCUGGACAUGGCUACCUCGGCUCUGGACAACGAGAGUGAGGCCAUUGUACAAGAGGCACUUGACAAGGCUCGGAUGGGCAGGACAACCAUUAGCAUCGCCCACCGCCUCUCCACUAUCCGCAAUGCUGAUGUCAUUAUUGGGUUUGAGCACGGAAGGGCAGUGGAAAGCGGUACACACAAUGAUCUUCUAGAAAAGAAGGGGGUCUACUUUACUCUCGUUACCCUUCAGAACCAAGGAAAUGACAUGCCCAGUGACAAAACAAACAAAGGUCCGGACAAUGAAACCAUUGAGGAAGAAAUCCUUCAGCGUUUCAGUCGAGGAAGCUAUGAAUCUGGGUUGAGGCAAUCUCUUCGCCUGCGAUCUCACACCCAGCUGUCAAACGAACUCAUCCCUGAUGCCAUAACUGGCAGUAUCAGAAUUAAAUCAGACAAAUUCCUUGCCAUAAUGGAAAACGAGAUGGAACCUCAAAGGUCAAAGCAUUCCAAGGAGGAAGCAGAGGAACGUGUGGAGCCAGCACCAGUGGCUCGAAUCCUGAAGUACAACAAGUCAGAGUGGCCCUACAUGCUAUUGGGAUCUAUAGGAGCUGCCAUCAAUGGCUCCGUCAAUCCAAUCUAUGCUAUCUUAUUCAGCCAGAUCCUUGGGACGUUCUCUAUACGUGACUUGGAUGAACAGAGAGUGCAGAUCAAUGGAAUAUGUAUCCUGUUCUGCGCUGUGGCGGUGACAAGUUUCUUCUCUCAGUUCUUACAGGGCUAUGCAUUUGGGAAGUCUGGGGAGCUCCUGACCCGCAGGCUAAGGAAGGUGGGCUUCCAGGCCAUGUUGAAACAGGAGGUAGGCUGGUUUGAUGACCCCAGGAACAGCCCUGGAGCUCUCACCACCAGGCUGGCCACUGACGCCUCCAUGGUCCAGGGGGCAACUGGAUCGCAGAUUGGGAUGAUUGUGAACUCCUUGACCAACAUCGGAGCGUCUUUCAUCAUUGCGUUCUCCUUUAGCUGGAAGUUAAGCUUGGUAGUGGUUUGCUUUUUACCACUUAUUGGCUUGUCUGGGGUCUUCCAAGCCAAAAUGCUGACAGGUUUCGCAAACGAGGAUAAGAAGGCAAUGGAAGCAGCAGGACAGGUGUCCAGCGAGGCUCUAGCCAACAUCAGGACCAUCGCAGGGCUGUGCAAGGAGAGCACAUUUGUGGAUACAUAUGAACAGCAGCUGGAGGCUCCGUAUAAGUCUGCCAAGAAGAAGGCAAACAUCUACGGCAUCUGUUUUGCCUUUGCUCAGUGUGUUAUCUUUAUGGCGUACGCCGCCUCCUUUAGAUAUGGAGGCUAUCUGGUCAGCUCUGAAAGAUUACAUUACCUGGUGGUCUUCAGAGUGAUCUCUGCCAUUGUGAUCAGUGGGACGGCACUGGGAAAAGCUUCCUCAUUCACCCCAGAUUAUGCCAAAGCCAAGAUUGCAGCUGCCCAGUUCUUUAAACUGUUGGACCGAGUCCCCAAAAUCAGCAUGAGUCAGAUAGACGGGGAGAAAUGGGAUGAUUUCAAAGGGGAGUUAGAAUUCAUCAACUGCAAGUUCACAUACCCAACCCGGCCUGACAUCCAGGUGCUAAAUGGACUACUGGUGUCUGUGAAACCGGGCCAGACCCUGGCCUUUGUGGGCUGUAGUGGCUGUGGGAAGAGCACUAGUGUGCAGCUGUUGGAGAGGUUCUAUGAUCCAGAUGAGGGCAGAGUGUUGAUCGAUGGCCGUCCAUCACACACUGUCAACGUGCCCUUCCUGAGGGCUCAGAUUGGCAUCGUCUCCCAAGAGCCAGUGCUGUUUGACUGCAGUAUUGCUGAAAACAUACAGUAUGGUGAUAACACCAGGAACAUGAGCAUGGAGGAGAUUGUUGAUGCUGCAAAGAAAGCUUAUCUCCAUGACUUUGUGAUGACUCUGCCAGAUAAAUAUGAGACUCCGGUUGGCGCCCAGGGGUCCCAGCUCUCCAGAGGGCAAAAACAACGCAUCGCCAUCGCUCGGGCAAUAGUCAGAAACCCUAAGAUCCUGCUUCUGGAUGAGGCCACCUCUGCAUUGGACACAGAGAGUGAAAAGACAGUGCAGGCGGCUUUGGAUGAGGCCAGACGUGGACGCACCUGCAUUGUCAUUGCCCACAGACUGUCUACCAUCCAGACGGCAGACAUCAUAGCCGUCAUGUCCCAAGGUGCUGUCAUAGAAAAGGGGACACAUGAGGAACUCAUGGCUAAGAGGGCUGCCUACUACAAACUAGUCACAACAGGGGCUCCGAUCAGCUAA